AUGGCAAAAUUGUCACCCGCCCUCAAAGCAUUGAUCAACUCUCCCCAUGCUCGUCCAGGCACAAACCCAGCUCCGGCACAAAUAACCUCUGUAUAUGCGAGUAUAGCAAAGGAAGCCGAGCCACGGAAUGUGGGAUUAAAAGCUUGGUUUAGUGCUGCCACAGCAGCAACAAUGACAAUGAAUUCACCAGAAUCAUUGGUCCAAUUACACAAACUCGUCUCGGAAUCGAGAUCCAAAGAGGAGAGUGUUUAUCUUGCUGAAUUGAUCCGUGAGAUUGGAUUAAAAUGUAUUGGAUUCAAUGGCAUCCCACGAACAAUAAACUGUCUCGGCGAAUUUCGCGCCGGGCUACCAACAGACAUUAAAGACGCCCUAUCGACCCAAGCGCGUCGCCAACUAAAACCCGAAGUCAUUCCGGACAUCCUGAGCCGGGGCCACUCACUAUGGAAAUCAAUCUACUACCCCUUCGAGACAAAACUGCAACAGAAACUCGCCCUGUCUCAUCCAGAUUUACCAGUUCACAUUAUUGAGAGUGAAUACGGGAAUUUAUUUGCUGAUCCGACCACCCCGACAGAAGGUGUGGUUCCGGCGAAGGUAGGCAGGGUGUUGACGUCCAUUGUUGCAGUGGCUUGUCUCCGUGCGCAGACGGGGGUUGGGCCGCAGGUUAUUUCGCAUGUUUUUGGGUUGCGAAAGGCGUUUGAAGAUGGGAGUGCGGAGAGCGAUAUCCAAGGGGGGGAGUGGUUAGCGUCUGAUGAAGGGAGUAUAUGGUUGAUUGGGGUUGUGGAUCGGAUUGUUGAGAGUAUUGGUGGAGGGACGAGUUUUACGCCGGGGUUCAAGGCGAAGUUGUAA